AAACAAAUCAAAAAAAAAAAAAACAUUGAAGAGAAUGUCAGAGGUGGAGGAUGAGAUCACAAGAGUCUUCAAGGUACGUCGCACUGUAUUGCAGAUGCUGAGAGAUAGAGGUUACAAUAUAGAAGAGUCUGAUAUAGAGUUGAAAAGAGAAGACUUUGUUAAAAACUUUUGCAAAGAUAUGAACAAAGUUAACAAAGAAGCUCUAUUCGUGACAACCACUAAAGGACCAAAUCCAGAAGACAAGAUUUACGUGUUCUACCCGGAAGGUCCUAAAGUAGGAGUCCCAGUCAUUAAAAAAGAUGUAGUGAUGAAGAUGAGAGAUGAUAAAGUUACACAAGGGAUCAUAGUUGUUCCGUUACCUAUAACUGGUGCAGCUAAGAACGCUAUUAUAGAGCUUAACAAGAUUUUAACUAUUGAAGUCUUUGAGGAAGCUGAGUUGGUGACUAACAUCACUGAGCAUAAACUUAUCAACAAGUACUAUGUACUUGACAAUCAAGCUAAGAAGGAACUGCUUCAAAAGUACACAGUGCAAGACACGCAGCUGCCUCGUAUCCUUGUCUCUGAUCCUGUUGCUAGAUACUAUGGAUUAAAGAGAGGACAGGUUGUUAAGAUUAGACGAAGUGAUGCUACUUCUUUGGAUUAUUACACUUAUCGAUAUGCUGUUUAGUUUGUAAUCUUGGAUUUUGGAUUUUACAAAGCUUGCUUUGGUUCAAUGUUUUUUGGUUUUGUUAUAAUAAGUUACAAAGUCAC